AUGGGCCAAACACUUUCAGAACCUAUUACGAUAAAGACCUCUGAUGAAGGCAGCGAUAAACGGCUCACGUACGCUGUAUCCUCUAUGCAGGGCUGGAGAAUGACUAUGGAGGAUUCUCAUACAAUUAUCCCAACAUACAAAGACACACACGCAAGUUUCUUUGCUGUGUAUGAUGGACACGGAGGCGAUUUAGCGGCAAAAUACAGCGGAGAGCAUCUACACGAGAUCCUAUUUCGGUCCCAGGCCUUUAGGCGACAUAAUUACCGGGAUGCAUUAAAAAGAAGUUAUUUUACGAUUGAUGAACAAAUGCGACGAGAUUAUGUAGAUCCAUUGUUUGCCAACGAUCUGUCUGGAUGUACGGCCGUUUCUGCCCUGUUAACUGAGGAUAACGUGUUGUUUGUGGCUAAUGCGGGAGAUUCACGGGCUAUUAUCAGCACAACCAAGGGAAAGGCUAUUCCAUUAUCGCACGAUCAUAAACCAACCCUUAAGCAAGAGCAUUUUAGAAUAACACAGGCAGGCGACUAUGUUGAAUUUGGUCGAGUGAAUGGAAGUCUAGCAUUAUCAAGAGCCUUGGGUGAUUUUGAAUUCAAGAAAAACUCACAGCUUCCACCUGAAAAGCAAGCUGUAACAGCUGACCCCGAUAUUACUGAGCAUGAACUCACAGAUUAUGACGAGUUUAUGGUAAUUGCAUGCGAUGGUAUCUGGGAUUGCAUGACAAGUCAAGAAGUGGUUGACUUUGUACGACAACACCUCAGAGAUCGAAUGAAAAUCAAGGAUAUUUGUGAGGCACUUUUAGACAACUGCCUCGCAGAUGAGGUUACCAAUACUGGUAUUGGAUGUGAUAAUAUGACAGUAAUAAUUGUGGGUUUCUUGCGCAAACGUACGUUGAAUGGGUGGUAUGAUUGGAUGGCCAAAAAGGAACCAUUUAAAGCACCUUCAUUAGAGCCUCAUCGAGUACAUCUUAACAGCUCUCCCCAAAAAUAA